CAGCCGACACAACACCAAAAUGCUAAAUGUGCGCAGUGUCCUGGUGACGGGAUCCAACCGAGGCAUUGGCUUGGAGCUGGUCCGGCAGCUGGUGGGAAAACGUAACACGCCAGAAUGGGUCUUUGCCACCUGCCGGGACCCAGAGGGACCACGGGCCCAGGACUUGAAGAACUUGGCUGAGAAAUAUCGGAGUGUCAAAAUCCUCCCAAUGGAUAUUAGAGAUCCGUCCAGCAUCCAGGCCGCUGCCGCCAGAGUCACAGAUCACUUGCAAGGGGCCGGGCUGAAUCUGCUCAUCAACAACGCUGGGAUUGUAAAGCCAAGCACUUUGGAAUCAGAGACAGCAGAGGACAUGUCCGAGGUGUACAAAACCAAUGUGAUAGGGCCCAUGAUGGUGAGCCAGGCGAUCCUGCCCUUGCUGAGGAAGGCGUCUCAGGAAAGUCCCCAGAAAGGGAUGAAUUGUAGCAAAUCUGCCAUUGUCAACAUGUCCAGCGAAGGCGGCUCCAUCACCAAUCUCCUCGCAUGGGAUCUUGGACACGUCGUUAAUUACCGUUGCAGCAAGGCUGCUCUGAACAUGCUUACCCGGUGCCAGGCCCUGGGAUUUGCAAAAGAUGAAAUCCUCUGCAUUGCACUGCACCCUGGAUGGGUGCAGACAGAUAUGGGAAACUUCUCUGAGGUACAAGCCCCACUGGCGGUGGACACAAGCGUGCGAGCCAUCCUGAACACCCUCGGCCACCUCUCUGAGAAAGACAACGGCACUUUCGUGAACUGGGAGGGGGCAGCCCUGCCUUGGUGA